AUGCCGGUGACCUUCGAGGAGGUGGCUGUGUAUUUCACGGAGGAGCAAGAGGCUCUGCUGGACCCCGGUCAGAGAGCUCUCUACAGGGACGUCAUGCAGGAGAAUUAUGAGACAGUGACCUCGCUGGCAGGAUUCCCCAUUCCCAAACCGGACCUGAUUGCCCAGCUGGAAAGAGGGGAAGAGCCGUGGGUCCCGGAUCUCCAAGUCACUGAGGAAAGAGAGGGCCUGAGAGGCACCUGCACAGCAGGUGAUAGGACAGUGAGUGAGAACAAGGAGGAGAAUCAGCAGCAGGAAGUUCCUGGGAAAGUGGAACCGCAGGAGAGGUUUUUGAGAAGAGCUGAAUGGAAUUUUCCCCAGCGCUUGGAGCAGGGAAAUGCCUGGGGAGAUCGACACAGAUCAGAGAUGCAGCUGGGAAACUAUCCCGGGAAGAAACUGGACAAAUCAAUUCAACAUGGCAGAGGAUGCAAGGAUCCCAAGGAAACCACAGUCCGGCAGACAAGUCAUAGUGAAGAGAAACCCUGCAAAUGCCUUGACUGUGGGAAAAGAUUCUGUUUCAGUGGAAACAUUCUUACACAUCAGAGAACCCACACAGGAGAGAAGCCUUAUAAAUGCUUGGACUCUGGAAAAAUCUUAAUUCAGAAGUCACAACUUAUUAUACAUCAGAGAGUGCAAACAGGAGAGAGACCUUUUAAAUGCGGUGAGUGUGGGAACAGUUUUAGUCAGAGUGCAACGCUUAUUACACAUCAGCGAACCCACACAGGAGAGAGACCUUAUAAAUGCCUUGAGUGUGGGAAAGGUUUUAGUCAGAGUGCAACGCUUAUUGCACAUGAGCGAACCCACACUGGAGAGAGACCCUAUGAAUGCCAUGAGUGUGGGAAAAGUUUUAGUCAGAGCUCAGCACUUUUAACUCAUGAGAGAACCCACACAGGAGAGAGACCCUAUAAAUGCCUGGAGUGUGGGAAAUGUUUUAUCGCAAGUUCAGCCCUUACUAAUCAUAGGAGAAUCCACACAGGAGAAAAACCCUAUAAAUGCCCUGAGUGUGGGACAAGUUUCAAUUUGAAAUCAACCCUUACUACACAUCAGAAAACCCACACAGGAGAGAAACCGCAUGAAUGCUUGGACUGUGGGAAAGCUUUCCGUUUCAAAUCAAACCUUAAAGCACAUGAGAAAACCCACACAGGAGAGAAACCCCAUAAAUGCUUGGACUGUGGGAAAACUUUCUGUCUGCGCGCAUACCUUAUUAAACAUGGGAGAAUCCACACUGGAGAGAGACCUUAUAAAUGCCUUGAAUGUGGGGAAAGCUUCAGUAGGAGGUCAGCGCUUACCACUCAUCAGAGAAUACACAAGGGUGAGAGACCUCAGAAAUAGCUUGACUACAGGAAAAGGUUCAAUUUUACUUCACACAUCAGUGAUCCACACAAAAGAGACACCUUGAAUGUGGGGGAAAGUUCAUUUGGGGUCAGGCAUCCGCAAAUCCACACAGGGAAGAAACCUCUGAGGUGUUCUCAAUGUGGAAAAUUCCCCAAGUGGAGCUAACACCAUACUGGACAUCAGAGACUCCUCCACACAGCAGGGAAAUUCUCUCAGGGCCCUGACUGGGGCUGGCCAUGGUGACCAACCCAUUUCCUCGUUCCCACACACAUCAGGGGCGUUUGGCUCCCAAGGAUCCAGCUGCCCAUCGCUGGGGUGAGGAUCCAGCAGCAGCCGAGCAUCAAUUGGUCUGUGACCCUCUGGCUCUGCCUGGUCUCAGCAAACCCCAAGCAGAGGAGGAGAAGCCCCCAUCAGCCCCUCCCCCCUGCUGCAGCCCUGGCUGCUGAGCUGAUGGGCCACUGGUGGGGGAAGGGAGACAGAGAAACUCCUCCAGCCGCUCCCUCUGCCUGGCUGAAGU